UUUUCCUGUCCUGUUCUUCCUGCGCCUUUCGUUUCUUCCCCUUUGCACCCCAUUCCCUUCCCUUCUCCAGAUUUUUCUUCCUUUCCUUCCCCGUGGAAAUCAAAGGAAGGGAUCAGGAAAGUUGCACCCCCCCAGGCGUUCCCUGUGGGCUGGCCUACCUCAGAGGGUCCUGCAGGUGCCGGGAACCAGCCCCACAACAUGGCUGCCCUCACCCAGGAGCUGGGCACGGCGUUCUUCCAACGCCAGCAGCUCCCCGCCUCCAUGGCUGACACAUUUUUGGAGCACCUCUGCCUGCUGGACAUCGACUCGGAGCCCAUCACCGCCCGGAGCACCAGUAUCGUCUGCACCAUUGGUCCCGCUUCGCAGUCGGUGCAGAUGCUGCGUGAAAUGAUCAAAGCCGGCAUGAAUAUCGCACGGUUGAACUUCUCGCAUGGAUCGCACGAGUACCACGCAAAGUCCAUUGCAAAUAUCCGGGAAGCGACCCAGAGCUUUGCCACUAAUCCUCUCUUCUACCGGCCCGUGGCCAUCGCUCUGGACACCAAAGGUCCUGAAAUCCGGACGGGUUUGAUUAAAGGGGGUGAGGACAAAGAAGUAGAACUGGUUAAAGGAUCCCACUUGAUUGUGACCACCGAUCCGGCGUUCCGGGAGAAAUGUGAUUCGCACACUAUUUGGAUGGAUUACGCCAAUUUACCUAAAGUGGUUAACGUUGGCGGGCGGAUCUUCAUUGACGAUGGGCUCAUCUCCUUACUGGUCAAGGAACUCCGCCCCAAUAGUUGUGUCGUCGAGGUGGAGAACGGCGGGAUGCUCUGUAGCCGGAAGGGAGUCAACUUGCCGGGGGCUAAAGUGGACCUGCCGGCGCUGUCGCAGCAGGACAAACGGGACCUGGAGUUUGGCGUGGAGCAGGGGGUUGACAUCGUGUUCGCCUCCUUCAUCCGCAAGGCCGGCGACGUGGCCGCGAUCCGGCAGGUGCUGGGGGAGCGCGGCCGCAACAUCAAAAUCAUCAGCAAAAUCGAAAACCACGAGGGGGUCAAAAGGUUUGAUGAGAUCCUGGAAGCCAGUGACGGCAUCAUGGUGGCUCGCGGUGACCUGGGGAUCGAAAUCCCCGCGGAGAAGGUUUUUCUGGCUCAGAAGAUGAUGAUCGGCCGUUGCAACCGUGCGGGGAAACCCGUGAUCUGCGCCACGCAGAUGUUGGACAGCAUGAUCAAGAAACCCCGUCCCACAAGGGCGGAAAGCAGCGACGUGGCCAACGCGGUUUUGGAUGGGGCUGACUGCAUCAUGCUGUCUGGGGAGACGGCCAAGGGGGCCUACGUGGUGGAGGCUGUGCGAAUGCAGCAUGCGAUCGCCCGAGAGGCUGAGGCCGCGAUGUACCACCAGCAGCUCUUCCAGGAGUUACGUCGCCUGACGCCCCUGAGCCAAGAUCCGACCGAGGUGACCGCCAUCGGCGCGGUGGAGGCCUCAUUCAAAUGUUGUGCCGCUGCCAUUAUCGUCCUCACCACAUCGGGCAGGUCUGCCCAGAUCCUCUCCCGCUACCGGCCCCGGGCUCUCAUUAUCGCUGUGACCCGUAAUGAACAGGUGGCCCGCCAGACUCACCUGAGCCGCGGUGUUUUCCCGGUCAUGUGGCACGGCGCUAAGCAGGACGUCUGGGCGGAAGAUGUCGACCGCCGGGUGCAGUUUGGGAUCGAGAUGGGGCGAGUGCGAGGCUUCCUGCACUCGGAGGACGUGGUGAUCAUUGUGACCGGCUGGAGGCCUGGGGCGGGCUUCACCAACAUCAUGAGAGUGCAACAGGUGCCGUGACCAUCGCGCCGUGGAGGAGCGCCAAGGCUCGCGGCUCAAACCACUCCAGCUUUAUUCCCGUUGCUGAAGGCCGUGCUCAGCGUGCUUGAGUUGCAUCAUUUGCCCCCCGCAGCAGCUCCGAUUGGGAAGCCCCAAGAGGGUUCAGCCCUUGCUUAAAGAUGCUUGUGGAAAGCA